AUGGCGACGCCAGAUGUGCAGGACGCCGGCCACAUGUUCACCAACCCAUGGACGCCCGCCCCUAGGGAGAUCGCCUGUCGUAGAUGCAGAUGCGAUAAGAAACGUCCAGCGUGCAGUGAUUAUGUGCAUGCCCUUGAGGAGCAUGUUGCCCUGCUUGAGGCGCGCCUGCGUCAGUCGCACCCCAGCCUUGCGCUCGAUCACCUAAGCCCCGUUCUGCAGCGAGCAAGCAUACUUUCAGGCUUGCCGAUAGACGAAGACGGCGAUAUAAAUCAAGAAACCCUGAACGCUGGAGACGCAGAUGGAACCGAUUGGAUGCCGGUACCAACAGAUGGGGGUUUGCUGCCAGCCAACUUCAAUAUGGCAGAAUUGGCAGACGAUUCGAUGAACAGCUUUGUCGACCCAGCACUGGGGUCUACAUCAGCCCAGAGCCUUCUUGUCACAGACGGCGACGAAUAUACUGAACCACUUAUCGAACGACCAGGCGCUUUAUCAUCGACGCUCGCGCGCCGCCACUUGUCUAUUAGUAUCGGCAGCAGCUACGCGUCCGAGUACUUCCUCAAUGCACAUCCCAUGUGGCCAUUUCUGCAUGAGCAGCAAUGGAACGAUUGUUGGAGACGCUGGGAAAACCCCGUAGGCGGUAGUACGAGAGCAGCCUGGAUUCACUUUUUUGCAGAUAUGGUUCUGUCCAUCGGGGCACUUCUUGCUCAGAACUCUGAUCCGGCGCCGGAACACUUAGAAUCAUUCAAGUUUCUCAAAGACAGAGCACUCAAGAAGUAUGAAUCUCGCGAGGCACAGCGCUGGCCAGCGCUCGUUAGAACGCAAUCUUCGCUGCUUCUCACGGUUCAGGCAAUGCACCUGGACUCAGUCAGCACGCUACGGGAUCGGGCUUCGGAAGCUAUCAAACAGUGUACGAUUGCCAAACUGCAGGCACAGUCCAAUAAUAGUCCGUACGAUUUCGCGAGCGACGUCGAGAGUGAGAUCCAAAGGCAGGCAACUCGGUGUUGCUAUACUAUAGAUGUUUUGAUCAGCAAUUCAACAAACCAGGCGGUGUCAGCUGAUAGAUUCCUGGAUGACGAAUCGCUGGAGAGCUAUGAGUCCUCUGGGGACGGGUCGUCGCUUGACACACCACUCAAGAGGCUGGACCGCGAAGACCACAUGUUUCAACUUCGACGUAUCCAGUGUCGCAUUUUGAAGAUGGUACAGAAUCUUGAGACCAAGGCCGAAAGAGAUAAUCACCCAGUGCCCAAUUUAUGGCGCUCACAAAUCCGGCACGAUUUGAGCCGCUGGACCGAGGACAACUUGAUAUUUUCGGACCGUGAAGGUAUUUCAGAUCGAUUCAAGUCGCAGCCGUGGCUACUAAAGCUGGCCAACUACGCAAACAUUUCUCUGUUCCCCAACCCUUACCUCGCAGUAAGGAGUGGCGAUGCGCGCUACUUGGUAACGGCAGCUUGCCAGGUCCUCGUGACUUUUCGACGUUUUCGUGUCAAGGAACAUCUCUCAUGUUACACUUGGACAGCACUGAUCCACCAAUUUCAAGCUGGUGUUAUUGUCCUCUAUUGCUUGUGGGCAACCCCGACCCAUCAGCAACUCGCCCUGUAUGAUCGACGGGUUGUAUGUCAAGCCAUAUUCGCUUGUUUGGCCACACUAGUAGAUUACGCCAGCAAAUGGGCAUCCGCGCACGUUUUCCAAAGCAUAUUCAGACUUUUCACUGAGGAGAUCCCAGUCACCGAGUACGGCGACCCUGUACAACAGUGGACGUUGUCGCCGGACGGCUGCGCAGAACUGCUUGGACUCACUCUGGAGCUCGAGCGACUUCAGGUUCAGAAAAGUGGAUACAAUAUACAUAUUCCGCCUGACAUUCUGAGGAUCCAAUUCAAUACCACCAGCAUGGAUCGGACGUAUGACAAAACUUUCUCUUGCAUCGACAACCUUCGUCCAUUACCCGAAUGGCCGUUUCAUAACCAGUGA